GCACGCGCACCAUCGAAAGUGCCCCCUCCCCGGAUAUGGAGCGCGCAUCUCUUAUAAACACAGGUGGCGCCUGUCCACUGGACAUUGCAUCUUCUAAACUUGCGACCAACCAAGUGCCAGAAUGUGUAACAAAACGGUGCUGAGGUCCCUGGUGCUGGCGGCGGUGGCGGCGUGCGCGCUGGCGCGGCCCGAGCCGCCGUCGUCGUACGGCCCGCCGGCGCCGCAGUACGGCCCCCCGGCCCCGCAGUACGGGCCCCCGCAGGUCCCCGUGGUGCACAAGCAUGUCUACGUGCAUGUACCGCCCCCCGACAACGAGCUGCCGCGCCCGCCCAAGCAGGUGUACGUGCCGCCGCCGCAGAAGCACUACAAGAUCGUGUUCAUCAAGGCGCCCACGCCGCCCACGCCCACGGCGCCCGUCAUCCCCGUGCAGCCGCAGGACGAGCAGAAGACGCUCAUCUACGUGCUGGUGAAGAAGCCGGAGGAGCAGCCCGACCUGGUCAUCCCCACGCCCGCGCCCACGCAGCCCGCCAAGCCAGAGGUCUACUUCAUCAGAUACAAGACGCAGAAGCAAGAGGGCGGGUACCCGGCGUCCGGGCAGCCCUCGCAGGACUACGGCGCGCCCGCCUCCGCGCCCUCCUCGGAGUACGGAGCACCCUCCGGCGGCUCCUACUGAGCACCCCGCCCCGCGCCCCGCACCCGCCCCGCUGACACCAUGCCAAAUAACAAACAGUUACCACGACCAUCUAGUUCUAGACCCUAGUUAUAAUGAAGUGCUGCUGAAAAAGAAAAUUGUGACGAGGCGUGCGCGGGCGCAGGGAUCUUCUGAGCCAAACUAUCGAUUGUUUAAAUAAGUUGCAUCAAAUUGAUGUUUAAUGUUUGUAAAUAUUAUUAUUUUUUAUAUUAUAAAUGUUUAUAAGUAAAUUA